CAAAGUUGUAGUUGAUCGCCGAGUGAGGAAAUAAAAAUCUAAGGAUGGCUACAACGAUUGCCCCUGUGGAUGGACCUCCAGAGGUGGUGAAUGCUCGCCGUACAGAAUCCCUUGAUGCACCACAUAUCCUCAAACUUGUCCAGGGAAACACAGAUGCACUUUUCGGUAGAGUCAAUGUUGUGAACUUGAUUGAGAAAGCAGUUUUGGCCGUCACCCUAUGUAAUGAUAAAGAAGAUAUUCUAGGCCAUGCUGCUUUCUUCGAUUACCCCAACAUUCCGGAGGUUGACCAAGCUAAUUGGGAGUCCUGGAUAAAGACAAGUUACAGCAUGGAAAAGAGUACUGCCUUGAACACUCUAUUUAUGCACUACUUUGUCGCAAAAUCAGAUUAUGCUCAUGGAUGCUGUAGGGAAAUCAUCAGGACAGCAUUUAAUGCCGUACCUGACCUUCAUUUCCUCUACUUGUUUGUGCCAAUGAAGGCUUACCCAGAGACGGCUUUGGACGAGGUUUUCAAACAGCUUGAUAAAGUGGAGGGAGUAAAUGAUGGAAUAAGUGGUGCCUUGUUUGUUUGUCACAGACAUGACCAUGUCCCAGUCCUGCAUGUCAGGAAGGCCACUGUGGAGGAUCAUGAUGACCUUACCCCAAUCUUCACUCGUCAAAGUGACAUGUUGAACAUGACAUAUGGGGACUAUUUCUUGGCAGAGCUUGUGGAGGCUCAGGAUGAGCACAUGCAGUGCUUAGUAGCUGAGGUGGAAGGAACAGCAAUUGGGUUUAUGAGUAUCAGUGAUGAUGUGAAUGCUAACCUAUUGAAUGAAUGCUUUGAGCUUGGACCAUUCCACGGACUUCGGAAACCACAUCCAGAAGAUAACUUGGUCCCACCGAAAACUCCAUCCCCUUCACCGCCCCCAGAAGAAGAACGACCCGCUUCUAGAGGAUCUCAGAAAUCUGGAGGAUCAGGAAAGCCAGAGGGAGAACCAAAUUCUGUGACCGAGGGAACAAAGAACGAGAGCAACGAGGCAACUGCUUCAGAGAAAGUAGAGGAGAAGAAAACUAGCAGUCAGCACUCAAGUGGGAGGAGCUCCCGAGCUGGAAGUACUAGUGCAGAAGACGGAAUUAAAAUCCAGUCCAAACUCAGUGAUGAUCACAUGCGUGAGAGUGCAACAUCUUUACUCAGCGAUCACGCUGCAGCAAUUGGGGAGGCCGCUAAGGAGAUUGAAGAUCGUACCUCUCAAGUGUCAAGUCGAAAAAGCUCUGUUAGAGAAGAGAUAUCUUCGAGACUUGCGACCCCAAUCAAGCCAAUUACUCCGAUGACAACUCUGCCGAAACGUUUUGUGCCUGUAUACAACGGAGAAAUCAAUGCUUUCAGUAUACAGCUUUUUUGCAUCGAUGAAAGAUACGAGAUGAGAUCUUCAGAUUUCCUGACUAAGGCAUUCUCCCUGUUUCCCAAUUUUGACUUUUGCGUGAUUACUGUUCCCCACCUUGUUCCGGAGUUUCCUCUUCUUCAAGGAUUUGUGAGGGUGACGCCACGCUGUCCGAGCACUCUGUCGCAGGAGUUGUAUGUUUUCCACAGAUCUGGACUGAUGAAGGAUUUCCUUGUGCGCCCAGCUUGUACAAAAGAUACAGCAGGAGUGGAGAAACUUGUGAAAACUGUCAACCUCCACGAAAACCUGAUGGCUGACCUGAAACAAUACAACCAGGCCCGCAGAGACGAGGAUGGUAUGGAAAUUCAAGCUUUUGUUGCUGAAUGUCAAGGUCAGAUUGUUGGAACAGCCAUAAUAAGAAAAGAAGAGGACAUUGAGUACAUACGUUCUCAUUACAACAUUGAAGACUUCAUAUACUUCAACCAUCACAAGCGAGAGGAGCAUGGCCAUCUUCAUCACUUUGCAGUUAAUCCCAUUUUUUGUCAUCUCUCCAAGCACUUCAUCAAGGAAGUCCUUAGACAGGGUCACAAGACGUGUCUGUACUACCCCCUGUAUCCUCAAUAUACUGACAAAGAGAUUGUAGAGAAACACUCACUUGUUUGUUGUUUGAAUGACAUGGUACCAGUACGGUCUCGUCGACAAAUUAUCUAUCCCGUAGAAAAAUUGGGAAUCAACGCUCCCUCUGAGAGAGUGUUGGCAGACAGAGAACCAUACGCCCUUAACCAUAUCAACAGGAAACUUGUCAUGGAGCCAAAGGUGACAAUUAACGCCAGGAUCGUGGUUGUUGGAGCCUCUAACGUUGGUAUAGCAUUCCUAGAGACACUGGCAUAUAGCCCUCACCUGAGAUUUCAUAACCUGACCUUGAUUUCGCCACACGGCCUCCCCGGUGAAAUGGCGCCUGAUGAGGUUCGUGAUCAGAUGCUCGGAAACAGCUUUUGUUACAAUCAGAAUGAGUUCUCAAAGACCUCUCUGCGAACCUGGGUCAAUGUCGUCUACGGGAAAAUGACAGCCAUCGACAGAAAGAAGAAAAAUGUGAUUGUUGAAAACAGUACAAAUGUUCCUUACGACCAUCUCAUUCUGUGUACGGGGGAACAGUAUCAGAUCCCUGCCCCCACAGAGGCUGAUAUUGAUGGAGGCGCUACCAAUGCAGAUCUCCCCAACUCCCCUGAUAGGAGAUAUUUGAAGGCACAACCCAAGAAUUUGUUCCUGGUUAAUGAUGAGUAUGAUGCUGCAGUAGCUCUGUACUGGAUAGAAAACAGCCUCCUCAAGUCAUGUCGGAAGGUUGUUAUUUACGGCGGGACUCUGGAUGCGUAUUGUUGUGUACAGUCCCUCCUUACAAUGGGCGUCGCAGGAGAAAGGAUCUCUCUAGUGGAACCUACUGCUGCUUAUCAGACAACCUGCUUCAAUAAUCCCACACUUGAUGAGACAAUCCUUAAAACAAUGAAAGAAGCUGGUGUCCAAGUGUAUUCUGGGUAUUAUCUUGCCCAGUGGAAUGAUGGUAGUGGUGAGAUAGGGGAGAUAACCUCAGCGAGCUUUACUUCCAAGAAAGAACCUCUUAUUCUUGAAUGUGGGGCAUUCUUUGCUUACUACAAAGCCUCGGUAGACACAGACUCAUUCAGAGCUAUCAAUGACGCUUGCCUUGUAUACGAUGGUAAACUGGUGAUUGAUGCAGCAUUCCAUACAAAUGACGUUGCUAUCCGUGGUGCUGGUACGUUGACAAAAUACCAGCGUAAAUAUCACGCGGAACAGUGGACACACGCCAAUUUCAACUCCAAAGAAGUCGGCAUCCAUUUGGCCACAGAAAUGUUGCGCUUAUUUGACCCCACAAUGGAACCACAAUCGGCCCCACCAGAGGAAGCUCUCAAUCUUAUUCCAAUCUACCGCAACCCCAAGAUCCAGGGCGGACUUUUACCCGGGGGUUACCAUUAUCUCCAUGUGGCUAAACCAGGCCUAGACACACCCCUUAGUAACCAGAUGGCACAGCCUGACUAUGGUAAAGAGUUCAUCACAGGAACGGUGGACGGAGAUCCAGGAUAUUUCCGUCUUCACAUCAACCAGUACAACACAAUAGAAACCAUCACAGUCCUCUCCAAACAGCCGAUUCCGAGCAGCAAUUUCAACUGCCUGUAUGGACUGCAUGAGAGAAGCCUCAGCAAUUUGGUCUCGAGGUUUAACGAGGGCUUGAUCAAAGAUUUCAUUGGCUAUUUCAUGGAGAAGUGGUGCCUGGCUGUAUAUCACGACAGAUUCGCAGAUUUCCGAGAUGAAGUACGAGAACUCCUUAUUACUAGUCCAGGCCCCGGACAAGAGUCAGUUGAAGAACGCGUACGACAGGUGGUGGAUGAGGAUGUUGCUAUGAACGAGAGUCAGAAAACGGAACUGUUAGAGAUGUACCGAACCAGUGGAGCAAAGCGUGCUGUAGAAACCAGACUUCUCAGUUUUAUAAGUUACAACUAUUACCAUCUACCAAUGUAUGCCAAACCUGGCAUGGUGUAAAAAAGAUUCACAUCAGUAGAAAGUGAAACAGAAACAAACUUUAAAAAUAUGGAUUGACAAUACUGAAUUUUUCAGUCUUUUAGACAGAGUAGUGUUGAAAUGAGAAGACACUUGGAUGAAAACCAAAAUGAAAAUGUGAAAAUGAAAACAUUCUUCCAUCAUCAAUAUGGCAUUUUUGUGAAACAAGGACAGCAAAGUAAUUGUCAGUGUAAAUAGUUAGACUGAUGAUGGAUCUGAUAUAAUGUACAGAUAAAAAGAGAAUUGUGAAAAUUGAAAAUAAAUUGUAUUUUAUAUUUUUCUGAAAAACCCUGCAACUGACAAACAUUUUGCAUACGUUUGCACCUAGCUGUCGAAAACAAGUGUAGUUGGAACACUGAAAUUCUUAUUUCAUGAUAUUUUAACUGUUAAUGGCAGUUUCUUUUUGCCAAAUAUAAAUUUUUUCUGUAAAACUGCUGUCAAAUGAAUAUGAAAAAACAGGAGAAUAUGUCACAAAAGUAUGUACUAAACUAUAUAGAGAAAAGCCGUCCCUUUCAUUUACAAUUUUUACAGAAAUAUUUUGUGGGAGCAGCAGAACAAGUAAGUGGAGUUAUCGUUAAAUAUUAUGAAAAUCUCUAAUAACUGUAUACAUCUUUAUAUAUUUUUAUAAUUUUGCAUGAAACAAGUCCCAAACCAGCUGUGAUAAGUAUUCAAAAUAUUGCUUUAUUUGAUGGUAACAAAA